UGUUUCGUUUCGUCAAUUCAUUUUGCAACCUUCGUAAAAAGCUUUUAUUAAGCUUUCAGCUAGUUUGUUGUGAAAUGCUUGUAUUUCAUUCAUUCAGUGUAUUUAUGCUGGCGAGAGAGAGAUAUUCUGUCAUAUUCAAAACGCAUUUCAAGCGAAUAGUGAGUCAAGUGUGAUUUACCAAACCAAAACAAUGACAGAAACCGAAACAGAAUCAGCUGUGGAUAGCAAUAAUGAAAAAGCCGAAGCAACUGUGGCUUUGUUGACAUCAGAGGUGAAAGUAUUGUCCAUCGGAAACCGGAGAGAAUACUUCAGGUCAAGAAAACCUACAAUCAAAUUUGACAAACAAAUCUUUAUGGAGGACUGCAGGAAGCAUUUGGGUCAACUGCUAAUGGGAAAUCGAGAGCCCUUUAUGCCCAAAGAACGCUUUAUGAUGGAUUUGUUUAAAAUGAAGACUGUUGAGGAAGAUAAACAACCCAGGCGAUAUCACUUUGAUUGCCUCCCCUAUGCCUGUCCUGGUAGCUCCAUGAAGUAUAGCAUAUUUGGCCACACACUGUACGCCAGUGCAGUAAUGCACGAACUGAAAAAGCGACUGAAGAACAACAAGUGGAUAUCAAAGAAUGUGUUGGAAUACCCAAGAAUAAUCAUUGGCCGCUCAUACUAUUGCAAUGAAGACGAGUACCACGUUCAGAAUAUAGUUCAUGACAUCCUCAGUGACCAAACCUUUAGAGUUUUUAAAUUUUUGUUUUAUUUACACAGAGAAUAUGUCAACGAAAGGCAAAAUUAAAAAAAGCUUAAUAUAAUUUAUACUUCUG